AUGGAAGAGGAAUGCUUAGUUUAUCAACGAGCAGUGAGUCAUUAUGUCACAAAGAACUCCGUGCAAUUCGAUCCUGUUGAUUUCGACAUUAUUGAUCACAGUGGCUACCGUAUCAUGCAAGCGAGCCUCUACCCGGAUAGCAUGAUAUUGAACGAAGGAAAACGAAAAAUCUGUGAUGUUAUGCUCGCAAAUGACGACGAUUCGCCUAACUUUAUUGCAAAAAUCGCACAUCCAGUAACGGGUAUGACAGUAUACGAGUUGCGAGAGAUUGGUGGCAUCAUCACAAUACAGGCAAAUACGGACGAACUAAAUGGGUAA